GUCUCUCCUCUCUCCUCCUCCCCCCUCCUCCCUCCUGCUCCUCCCUCCAUCUCCUCUCUCCUCUCUCCGGCGGCAGGAUGGACGUGUUAAAUCAGAUGGUGGCCCAGGGUCAGUUCAGGGUGCUGAAGGUUCCUCUUGGUUUCAUUAAGAUCUUACAGUGGUUCUUUGCCAUCUUUGCCUUCUCCACCUGCGGCAGUUAUUCUGGGAUGUUCCGGAUGGCGGUGGAGUGUAAGAACCGAACGGAAAGCAACCUGAGUAUCGAGGUGGAGUUUGAGUAUCCGUUCAGACUUCACCAGGUGAAUUUCUUUGCCCCAACCUGCAAGGGCGGAGCCACGGAUCAAUUCUUCCUGGUUGGCGACUACUCUUCCUCUGCCGAAUUCUUUGUCACCAUCGGUGUAUUUGCUUUCCUCUACUCCAUGGCCGCUCUCAGCAUCUACGUCUUCUUUUUCGAAAAGUACAAGGAGAACAACAAAGGCCCGCUGGUCGACCUCGGAUUGACCGGAGUGUUCGCCUUCAUGUGGCUGGUGAGCUCGGCGGCCUGGGCCAAAGGUCUGUCCGACGUGAAGACAGCUACAAAUCCAGACCAGGUGAUCACUCUGAUCCCUGCCUGCGUUGACGAGGGGAACACCUGUCGUGAAGUUCAUGACCCGGUCAUGUCUGGACUCAACACCUCUGUGGCUUUUGGAUUCAUCAACCUGGUUCUGUGGGCCGGAAACCUCUGGUUCGUCUUUAAGGAGACGGGCAUCAUCGCUCCCUUCAUGCGGCCUCCUCCUCCUCAGGAAAAACCUGCUGCACCAGAAGCCUACGGCCAGCAGGGGGCAUACGAACAAGACCCGUACGCCAGCAACCAGGGAGGAUACCAACCCGACUACAACCAGCAGGAUGCAGAGUACGGUCAGGGUUACACCCAGCAGGGGGCGCCCACCUCCUUCUCUAACCAGAUGUGAAGUGACAGGCAGCAGGAGGCGUCGGAGUGAACAAAGAGUGGGUCGCCUGCAACCUACCCACAAUGCAACACUCCUGUCUGUCUGCAAAGUUAAGGGGCGUGGUGAGGGAGGGGGAGGGGUGGGAGGUUGAGGGUGGGGGAGUUUAGAUGUUCAAUAUAAUGAGUCAAUGUGUAAAUGAUCCAAACGAGAGUUAUAAAUAACAAAUCCACGACUUGAAAAAAGCACGUCAACAGCAACCAGAAGCUUCUGAUCAUGUGGCCGAGUUAAAUUCAUAUUACGGAGUCUGUGAAGAGAAUGUAUGUUUGUGUUGUAUAGAUAUCACUUUGAACAGAUAUAUAAUAUAGACUCAACUGUUUGUUCAUGUUUCCUAUUGAACCCGAGGAUCUGCUUCGCCCCCUGCUGUAUGCUUCGCCCCAACAUCAACAAACCAGAUCCACAUCGGCAAAUCACGAAGCUGUUCAGACUGGGUUCACACUGAGCUGAUCCAAACCAGAUUCAAACCAGAGUUGAACCUGAAUGAGAACCAGUUCAAGCAUCACCUCCCAGCUGUUUGCUGUUUGUCUUGCUGCAUGUAACUAUCAACACAGGAAGUGAUGUUGUUCUGGAAAAGCAGUAAACUCAGUCUGGACUUCAGCUUCGAGGUGACCCCGAGUAAAAUAUGGAUCCAACAUGGCUCCUCAUCACUCCAGUUUCCACAGUUUGUGUGUUUGAGUAACGGGCUCAGCUGAAGCUUCGUUCUGCUGUUGCAUUCCUGCGGCUGCUCUCAGAUCAGAUUAUCUCUGAUCAUCUGUGAGGACGCAGAGCUGCAGAAACACCCGUCUGAAAUAUUUUCACUCAGCCCACGACUCUACUGGUUUUUACUGCACUUUGUGUCACUUCAGCAGGAAAAUCUGAAUCACAGAACGUUCCAGAGAUUUGAACGUUCGUGAUAACCACAUGUGGCCAUUUUGGAGGCGUCUUGUUCAGCAGCGUCACGUGACCUCAGUUAAAACGUUGUAGAGAUCUGCAAAUAAAAUGUGAAAUUCGUAAACUAAAGUUUUAAUCAGUACAAACACAACAAAGGAAGUGUUUCACGAAUCAAAUCCAGAAAAUAUGUCUGUAAUUAUUGGUUUAUGUUACAUUAUUUUAGCUAGCUAGCCUGUUUAGGAGCUGCACACGGCUAACUCUACUUCUACGAAAAGCGAUAAUAAACGUCACAGUUUUCAGACGGAUGUUUCUGUCAGUGGACGGACGCCAUGUUUGUCUUCCCCGCGGCUCUUAGCCAAUCAGCAGAAGCCGUGAGUUGUUUUUGUAAAAGUCUGAAAAAAGGAUAAAAAACAUGAUGCUUCUUCUUUGGUUGUUUUUUCUGAAAGUGAAGCUGUUUUAGCGUCGGUAUCUUCCUCCGCAUGGUGACGUGUUUCCUGUGUAGUUCAGUGACUGAUGGUCGGCGUGAUUCUACUUCCUGUUCCCUGUACAGGUGUGUGUGUGUGUGUGUGUGUGUGUGUGUGUGUGUGUGUGUGUGUUUUACCUGUCCAUAUAUUUUCUAUCACUCUCACUUUCUCUUUUUCUUUCCUUCGUCUCUUCAUCUUUGUAUUUCUUUAUU